GUGCCUGCUUCACCGACGUGGUUUUGAAUGUCGAGACACGCAUAUAGGAUGCGUUAUGGAUUUGGAAGGCCACGCACCCGAGGAGGCGUGAACGGUGGUGCGGGCACUCCGUCCUCCUGGCGAUCGUCUUCGGACACACCCGAUGACCUGUCGGCGUCUCCAGCGCCCUCUUGCGCCGGUGGUGCGUCCGACUCCGAGCUCUCGUUCACGAUCGGCGUCACAGAGGCCACGCCGUACGCCUGCCAAUUCUGCGACAAGGCUUUUCCCAGACUUUCUUAUCUCAAGAGACAUGAACAGGUUCACAGCGACCGCAUGCCCUUCCGUUGCGACUUCUGUCAGCGUCUGUUCAAACACAAGCGCAGUCGCGACAGACACGUCAAGCUUCACACUGGCGACCGCAAGUACCGCUGCUCGCAGUGCGAAGCUGCCUUCUCCAGGUCGGACCACCUGAAGAUCCACAUGAAGACCCACGAUCACGCCAAGCCCUUCCAGUGUGCCUUGUGCAACCGGGGCUACAACACGGCCGCUGCACUCACGUCUCAUAUGCAGAAUCACCGCAAGACGGCGUCUGCAGACGGGCGCAUCUCUGGCCACUCCUCGUUGCAGGGCUUCUCAACGGGUGUUGCUGUCGACACCAGUAUGCCGCCAUCGCGCGAAGACAGUUCUUCGUCUUCCACGGACAAGCUCAGUCCUGGCUUGGCAAGUCCUGCGCGCAAUGGAACAGAAUCGCAGAGGAAUGGCUGCAGGAAGGACUCCGAUCGGUCGGGCUCGGCUUCCCCACCCAGCCGGAGCAAAGACACCGACCCUCAACUCCCAUGUGGCUUCUGCAGUCGGCGCGACUUCCCCUCCCUGGAAGCUCUCCAGUCUCAUGUUCGCUCCACUCACGUGCCCUUCUCCGCCGCCUCUCUCGUCGCAAACUCCGGCUCCCACCACCACGAGCACGGCCAGCUCUCUUCUUCCUCUCGGCAGUCCCCUCCCGCCGCCACCACGGCCGCGUCCAUCGUCGACGCCAGUUACGAGUGCGAGUACUGCGGCAUGAAGCUGCCCAGCGUGCACGCCCUUCAAACGCACACGUUGGCAGCCCACAGCUUCACGGAAGUGCUCAGCAAGAGAGUCUCCGCGAUGGCCGGGGUGGACACCAGGACGGGUCCGCUGAUCUGCAGCCAGUGCGGUGCGGCGUCUCCGGACUUCGAGUCCUUCCGAGCACACUUAGCGUCGCACAUCGAAGGCCGCAUCUCAAGAUCGUGCCCGGAGUGUCGCGCUGAGUUUCCGUCAUCGCAACAACUUGAGUCGCACGUGGCCUCCCACUUCUUGGCGACGUCCGUGGAGUACGGCUGUCAGGCUUGCCUCAAGCUCUUUCCGAGGCCCGACGAGCUGCAGAAGCACCUGCUCGACCUUCACGCUCAUCACCUGUACCGCUGCGCGCUGUGCAGAGACGUGUUCGACUCCAAAGUUGGAGUUCAGGUUCAUUUCGCCGUGAAGCACAGCAACGAGUGUCAGGUGUUCAAGUGCAACGCUUGCAACGCGGCCUACAGGUCGGAGCCGGAGUUCGCGCUCCACGUGCAAGUGACGCACCUGGCGAAGGCGGCGCCGUACCGCUGUCUCCUGUGUGAACAGACAUUUGCGAGCGAGCCGCUUCUGCAGAGACACCUGGACACUCACGGAAAGCAGUUCCCGUGCACCUUGUGCAGUCAAGCGUUCCACGUGGAAUUCCUGCUCGAGAAACACAUGCAGGCUUGUCACACCGCAGACCUCACCAUACAGACGGAGACCGACGACGUGGUCCAAAAUCUCAGCGUCAAGCCGAGACCGGUGGAGUCCAGGAAGGACAGCAAGUGCGACAUAUGUGAUCAGACCUUCGCGUCAGAUGCGGCGCUUUUUAAUCACCGGCGCCAGACGCACAACGUUCGCGGGUCGUCCUCGAGCAGUACCAGCCAGAAGUCUUUAAACUCGCUAAGCCUGCUGUGCGCCUACUGCAACGAGCCUUGCAAAUCUAGGUCAGACCUGGAGAACCACAUGAAGAGCCACACAGCGAGCCCUACGAAACACAAGUGCAACAUAUGUGACGAAGUCUGUCCAUCAGCGACCACGCUUGCCGAACAUAAACUGACGCACUGCAAGGUGACAAACGGGUCCACCUGCGCGGGUUGCAGGGAAGUUCUCCGAACUGAAGAACAGUUCGUCUCUCACGUGACCUCGCACGGCGGCGGUCCUGGACUUCCACUGCCGUGCGUCAUAUGCCGGCAGACCCUCAUGUCGGAAGUGGAGCUACGAAUUCACGCUCGCUUUCAUGUCGUUCAGAACGACGCCACGACGCAAAGCACAGCUUGCUGUGUGUGUGAACAGCAGAUGCCACCGUCGAAUUUAAUAAUCACCGGUCGUCAAGAGAACGGUAUGCAAUCCUUCAUGUGCAAGGACUGCUUCCACGCCAAGGGAACCCCGUCGCGGUGUCCUGAGUGCAGGGUGAAGUUCGAGUCUCCGGUUGACCUGGAGCAUCACCGUAAGCUCGUCCACGCGACCGGAACUUUCCAGUGCAUCAAGUGUCAGAAGUCAUUUAGCUCCGAAGACGAAAUUGAAGCGCAUGUCGCAACACACGUUCUACAAGAAGGCUCUGUCCACGAGUGCCGGCUCUGCCGUUCAGUCUUCGAGUCCCCGGCAAAGUUGCAGUGUCACCUCAUCGAGCACACCUUCCAGGGUUGCAGGACGGGCUUCAGCUGCUACCUGUGUUCCGUCAUCUUUACGGCGCCCCACCUUCUGCAGGGCCACAUGCUCUCACACGGACUUCAGGCAAGGCCGUACGACUGUCCCAUGUGUCACCAGCGGUUUUUCUUCAGGGCUGAAUUGGAACAUCACGCCUUGUUACAUCAAGACGCAAUGGAAGACGUCUCUCUGGUGCGUAAGAGGGGUUCCGACGUUGACGAAGACUUGACGCCGCCGGAAUCGGACCACAUGGACGUAGAAGACACGCCCGACGAGCAGGGAUACGUAAAGCGUGAAGACCACCGUGAGGAAUGCCCUCGUGAAGAGAGUCCACCCGUCUCCGAUGCUUCUGCCGGUGCUUCGUCCGCCUACGACCACCACGAGGGGUCGAGCGACGAGUGUUCGAGCCCGGUGUCGGAUGUCGGCGAGUCUUCCGUUCUCGGUCAGGCAGCGACUCGCACUGAGGUCGCUGCGUGACGGCCUCCGGACGUCCUAAAGUCACUUCGUAGACAUCGUAUAACCGUCGUCUUCUAAGAACCAGUGUGCUUGUAUCAAUAUCAAAUAUCAAAGAGUGGUGAUGAUGCUGUCACGGAAAAUCAUGUACUCACGAAUGAAACAACAGCGUUAUCUCUUUUUUCGCAUGGUAUAUUUCUAUCACAAAUUAUUUAAUACGUUUAAUUUAUUGCACCCAAUCUUUUUUUUAUAGUGACAUAUAUGUGCUUACAAUAGUGUUACUCGGCGAAUGCAUGUGUGAUAUUGUUUUUUUGUCAAGUCUCAUCUCAACCUACAAAGAUAUAGUCCUGAUGAACGAUGAUAAGGAUAUGCAAAUCGUGAAUCUAAACGUUGCUACUUGGCGUGCCCUUGUACGUCGCAUCUUUGCGGGUCCCCCCUAUUCAACCACUUGUUCGUUGCUGCAAAUAAUGUGAAUCGUUUGUUAUAUAUCGGCUGAUAAGAUAUCGUCAUUACCUUCUAGUAACAAAUAUAUUCACCUAUCGUCCUUCGAUACGAUGAUUUCUGGCAUGUUUCAACUAGAUCACCACGUUUUUCAGAGAUCUUAAGCACCAGUUUAUUGUUAAACACCCUCACUGAUGGUUCCAUAACGAGCUUGGUAUCUAUGGUAGUGACUAUGUUGCCCCAAAAUAUUUAAAUUGGGAUACUACACUAUGUAGAGACUCCUAUGUAGUUACAACGUUCGAUUCUAGUUCGCGGUUUCAUUGUUUGCCCUGUCAUAAACCAAAGACUAUAUCCUGAUGAUUAUUUCAAAUGCGAUGUACCAAAGUUCCGUGCUCACUAUACUGUCCUCCAGUUUUGGCCUUACUCCUGAAAUGCCUAACAUUUUUUCCAUUUGAACCUAUAGACUUUUGGUCUUAUCUUGAGUCAUUAGAUAAUCUUCAGUUCGAAGUAUCAACGCUGGGGAGCGUUUAUGUGCGCCACCUGUGUCAAGGCAGGCGAAGCAAACUAAAGGGAAUCGAGGGAUGGGACGUGAGGAAGUUUCACAAGCUAUCCGACAGCUACCCUCACCUUAAGCCUCGUGUACUACUACACUCUAAGAAAAAAAAUGAGUAAAACGGGGAGUAAUUGCAGCUUCUACUCCCCCAGUCUGCAAUUACUCCCCAUUUUAGUCCCCUAACCCGACAUUUAGUUCCGACAUUUACUCCCCAGGACGGCAAAUCGUCACUAUAAACUUCGCGCAUGGUCUCCUGAAUGCAACAGUCUACGUAAAUAUGUGCCCUUGGUCAAUUUGAGCGGCAUAAGGCUGUAUAACUCAGACAACGUAGCAAUAUUCCAACCACACAGA